UACAACAUUGAAACGCAAAUAUGGCGAGUGCAGCAGAGUUGUACUUGUCUCGAUCUCGAGGGAUUCCCCCUAAACCAAUGAUUAAUAUUGAGCGAAACAUAUACAGUUUUUUUUCAAAAGAAGAUGCAGACCCGCAGGCCUGCUGGGAGGAAAGAAAACGUCAGGCAGCAGCAAAAGUGGCAGUGCCACCUCAGAAUCUCCCAAGUGAGAAAAAUUCCCAGGGUUCCACACCAUUACUUCCACAUCAAAUAUCCAGAUCUCAAUCCAGUGGUGGAUCCUUGUCAUCCAAGAGUUCAACCCCAUCCAGCAGCAUGCAUAGUUACAUGUGCCAGCAAUAUGCCACUCAGAUGGAUAAAGAUGCACAUGUAAGCUCUUGGAUUUCCAAUGCUGUACUAGGCAUGUCAGAGAUGGAGGAUAUUCAGGGUUACAAAGAUGAUAGAAACCAAAAUCAAACCCCACAACCUGCAUCGACCGAAGGGAGUUCCCGGGUGUCAUUACUCAGCGAAGCUAGCCAGCAGUCAGCAGAGCUGGGUACCAGACCUGUCCAGUCCAGGAAGGCUCCUACCGAUAAAGGACGUCAUGUACACUAUGCCCACAUAGGCUCGUACAUUAGAGACAGCUUCCAGAAUGGAAAGAUUUGUGACAUGUGUUUCCGAGUGGGCGAUGAAAUGAUUCUGCUACACAAAGUUGUGUUAGCAUGUCAUAGUCCUUAUUUUGCGGAGAUUUUUGAAACUGAGGAGUUUAAUUUGCAGCCUAGAAUGCCAAAGCAAGUCAUCAUCAGAGGGGCGUCGGUGAAAGCGGUCAAGUUGUUUAUAGAAUACAUGUAUAAUGGGAAUAUUGCCAUUGACACAGCAGAAAUCCCUGACAUCAUGAAACUAGCAAAGAUAUUUGGUGUUGAAGAAAUAAGAAAAUUGUACUACAAGAGGGUAAAACAACUUGACAAUGAGGAAUUAUUAAAACUGCUGCCGGUUUCAAAAACAGCAGCAGACACCGAAUUUUGCGACUGUAUCAUGAAAAUAAUAGCAAAGCGCUUCAUCCAGGCUACCCAGUGUCAUGCAUUCUUCGACAUGGAUAUUGACACCCUUUGCAUGGUGUUGUCCCAUGACACCCUGAAUGUGACGUCGGAAAUGGAUGUGUUUUGUGCUGGCGUGGCCUGGAUGAACCACCAUAACUCAGAGGAGAGGGCUAAACAUUUGGAGAAAAUAAUGGAGUGCAUUCGAUUCCCGCUGAUGUCCAACAAGGAGAUGUUUACAUGUUACAAGAAGUGUCCCAUGUUGAGAACUAGCUCACUUUGUGUGGAAAUGAUUACCGUUGCCAACUGGGUGCAGACCUCCCUCUCGCUUCAGGAGCAGGAUCCACUGGACAUUGAUGUCCCAAACCAGAGGAACAGCAUCGACAGCAGCUCCAGUGUCAGCAGCUACUUAAGUCUGAGGAAAUUGGACAUGAGGAAAAAAUUUGAUGCAGAUCAAAGAAAAAGGAAUGAUGCUCUUUUGAGAAGAGUUGCCGAUAAGGAGGAGGUUUCAAGAAAGCAAGAUGCUCUCAAUUCCAGAGAAAAGGCGACUGGAAGGGAAUUGGGGACUACUGCUGAAGGAAGGGAUAAACCACAUAAACGGAAGACUGUCGAGCAGACCCAGGAGAGAGUUGGGCAAUCUACGACUUCUGAUAAAGAGAAGAAACAGUCCAUGAUCUGGGAAGGGAACCACUGGUAUUUGAUAGGUGGAACCAUGUACAAAGGCAAAGAAAAAACCCCAUACCCCAAAAAGGAGGUCCUGGUUUACAAUUAUGAAACCAAAAGAUGGAAGUCUCUUGCUCCUAUGAAGGAAGCUAGAAUGCAGCAUGCACUUUGUGUUGAAGAUGGUCGUAUUUAUGCCAUUGGAGGAAUAGGGGAAGGCAAUCGUCUUCUAAACAGUGUGGAGUGCUAUGAUACCAGACACAACUGUUGGUUCUUUGUGAAAGCCCUGCCUGAGCCUCGAGCAGGUGCUCGUGCUACCGCUGAGAACGGCAAUAUCUAUCUAAGCGGAGGAUAUGGAUGCUUGUCCAAUGGUCAGACUUAUUCCAUCUCUGACACAGUGACCUACAAUGAGGAAUUCAACAAGUGGACUAAGAAGCGGGAACAAACCCGGCACAAGUUGAAGUCUCUGUUCUGGCUGUGAAUGUUCCACAUCGUAAUGAACCCUGUAGAAGUGUAUCUAUUGUAAAAACUGAAUUAUGAAUCUAACUAUUUUGUAGAAAAGUUCAUAAAAAUGUAAAUAUUAAUUGUAAUUCGCAUAUGUAUAUGUAUAUGCUGUUUUUAUAAUAAAGAUUAUG